CACUUCCUCCCUUUCCUCUCAAAUGCUGCUGCGCCAUCCCUCCUUUGUCUGGUGAGGAGACACACCGGCCGGGGUCGCCGCUUCGCAGUCUGCUAAUAUUUUUCCACACCAAGAUCAUUUUCAAAGACAAAAUAAGCUAAAUAAACGCACUUAACUGAGUAAACAAAUAGCGAGUCAGUUUUGCUUCCAACGACUGCAAGAAAGCCAAGCAUCAGCGAGUCCGCCAUAGUCGAGCCUUAGCAAAGAAAGAAAAUCAAAAUGGAAGACACUAAAUACCUCCCUGAGCUCCUGGCCGAGAAGGACAGCCUGGAUUCAUCGUUUACACACGCCAUGAAGCUAAUCACUGCUGAGAUUGAGAGGAUCCAGAAAGGAGAAACUAAGAAGACACCAGAGAAGGAGACUUACCUGGACCUGUUUGCCACCAAAACUAUGAAACUAAAGGAGCGAGUGCUCAUUCCAACCAAGCAGUAUCCCAGGGUCAACUUUGUCGGGAAGCUCUUGGGGCCUCAGGGCAGCACAAUCAAAAGACUCCAGGAAGAGACGGGGGCAAAGAUUUCAGUUUUGGGGAAAGGCUCGAUGAGAGACAAGAAUAAGGAGGAAGAACUUAGGAAGGGCGGUGAGUCGAAAUACGCUCACCUGGCCAUGGAGCUGCAUGUGUUCAUUGAGGUUACAGCACCCAUACCAGAAAACUAUCUGCGCAUGGCUCACGCCAUGGAUGAAGUCAAGAAGUUCCUCAUCCCGGAGCCUGGUGAGCAUGACCCCUACAUGGACCCUCAAUUCCUGAAUGGAUCCCAAGAUGGUUCUGGAAGGGGACGAGGUGGCCUUGGACGGGGCAGAGGUGGACCACCUGGUGCAGGAGGCCCAAGGGGACGAGGGAUGCCACGUGGAAAUCUCAGAGGAGGGAUGCGUGGAGGAACUCCCCGUGGCGGAAUGUCUCGAGGAAACGCGCCCAGAGGGGCUCCGGCUGGUAGGGGCGGACCACCCUCUGCUGCAGCUAGAGGAGGGUCCUCUGGCCGCUCCAGGCCGCCUGCAAGCGGAGCUCAAAGGAUGCUCCCUGCCGCAGCCCUGUCCCAUCAAGCAGGUCCUUCAGGGUCACAGCCCAAACCUGAACCUUACGACGAAUAUGGUUCAUAUGAGGAAUCUUACGCAGAGCCUUCUUACGAGGGAUAUGAUAGCUAUUACAGUCAGCAGCCUGCUCCAGCCGACACGGAAUACUACGAUUAUGGACACGGUGAAGCCCAGGAUCCGUCAUAUGAGAGCUACGGUCAGGGUGAAUGGGAUAACUCGUGGUCCGGCUCCGGGGCCGGAGGCAAAGCUCCCCCGACGCGGCAGUCCAAGGGUUCAUACAGGGAGCAUCCAUACGUCAGAUACUGAACAACUACCGGUAGAGAGUUGCUAUGGCAACUGUCUCCCGAUUGUAACAGGCUUAACUUUUCAAAAAGUAAUUUCCCUUCUCGUUUGUUCCCCCUUUUUUUAACGGUUUAUUUUAUGUUUAUCUUUUUUUAAAACUUAGAGACAUUUUGUUGGAUGUAUCAGAGUACCAGAUAAGAAACGAGAGGAGCAGAGGGUUUUUUUUUCCAUUGUUUAUCUGUUUCCAUUUAAAUGUUUCAGUUGCGUAGUAAGGAAUUGGUUACAUAAACUUAACAAAUGGAAAAAGUGAUAUUUUAGUGAUAUUUGAUGGCUCUUUCAGUUAAUGAUUAACUUUAAACUGUGAUUGUGGCGAUUAAACUCUUACCAUAUAGGCUGCAUUUCUCAAAAGUCCUUCAUGACUGGACAUUAAUGCUCUUAAUGCUUCAGUGUAACUUUAUAUAUACCUAAAACAAAUUUAAACACAGCCUUAAGAUAUUUUGAUCUGCAUCAAAAGUCUCAUUAUUGUAUUCAACAUUGCCAAUCUAAUUUUCUCCUAAAAUAUAGAAAUCCGUCUUUCUGCCACCUUUACAAUUUGUAUAUUAAGCCAUUCUAUAACGUACAAAAUUAUACUGAUAUAAUUUCUUGUUAAGUUUGAAGGAUACAAGGCUGCAGCCACCUCAAUAUUUUGUACAUAACCUUAGGAUAACUGUGUAUGGUUUAAGUCGUGCCGUCUCCAAAAUGCUUAAUGCUUGUGUACCUUUUUGACUAAAUAGGAUACUAAACAUAUCCCAAAAUGUUUUUCUGCAGUGCGUGUUUCAAUAAAGUUUCUAGUUUCAUUUUAAUCAAUCUAAACUUGGUAUUUUUGCCUUUAUUGUACCAAAGGAUUAUCUUCACUUUGUGAAAAUGGUCCUCAAUGGCUCUCCAAUGCUGAUCAAGCUUGUAUGUUUACACGUUUAACCUGACCGCAAUUUGAAAAAUACAAAAAAGGGCAGCAUUUGUUUUUUUUCCCCUCCAAUGACUUUACGCUCUUCGUCUGUUUAUCCAAACUAAAUGGCACUUGUAAUGUCACGUUUAAAAAAAAAAAAACAUAAUAAAGCUCAUUACCUGAGAUUAUGUGCUGCCAAAUUCAUGUUUGACUUGACAAUGAUGCAGUGCUUUAACAUGUAUUGUCAUUAAUCUUUAGUUAGUGUAUCUCUCAGAGCUCUCAAGAGCGCAAUGUAUCUCCAGCCACUUGAAAAUGACUGAAUUUCAACAGUAUUCCCCAAAUCAAGCUUGCAGGGAUCUUACUUGACUUUGAUGCAAAGUCAUGCUGGCUGCUUUUUAUAAAAGAAAAAUAUCGCAGAGGAGAGGAUUCUAAAAGCCUAAAGGUCGCCACAAGAAGGUAAAACUAACCCCAACACUCAUUUAUUAGAUUUAUUUGUUCUGUUUUUAUUUUAUUUUCUGUGCAAAACAUGUUUAAGUAAUGCAAGUCAUCCAAAACAUCAAAACCAUUAAAGUACAAAAUUAUGCUGUGAUAUUCAGUAGUUUAUUCCGAGCAAAAUUAAGACGCACAAAACAAUCAUGUGGUUGUGAUGCAACUCUUGCUCAAAUAAAACCGAUAAUUGUUUCAUUCCACUCAAUACUUAUAUCCAUCUUGGUUAUUUCUGUAGAAUGUAGUUUAAUGAAAAUGAGUAGCUGCACUCAAAGCCUUAAAACAUUCCAUUAAUGGGCAAAAACUCUUCAGCUCGAGUUGCAUGAUACUUUUUAUUUAGUAUAAAAUUAGUUUUGCAUGUUUUGUUGCUCACUUGGUGUACUUGGACAUUUGUGCGUUCUGGAUCUCAUUUCUUUUUCUCCUCUUAGGUUAUCAGAACUGUGUUGGUGCAGUUGAUAGAUUCAACUCCAGCAGCUCAGGCCCGUAAGGUCCAUUUGAAACUCCCUGCAAACUGAGACCGUGCAGGGUUCCUGUGAAGGGCUACUUGGACCAAAUGCUGUCCAAGUGGAUGAGUCUGGUUUGAUGGCCGUUUUUCACCUCUUCUAUGAACGAGGUGCUUGAAGAAGUGUUGUGGAAGCUUGGAGUGGCUUUUUUUUUUUUAUUUAAUUUUUUUCAUUUGAAUCCAAACUUUGGGGGACGACUAACUUUUCAAAAGUGUUUUACAACUCAUCUAAUCAUGUUUUGUAUACUAAAAAAAGAAACAAUCUGAAAAUAAACAUUUUUUAUUUA